CGCCGCCAGGGCGGAAGUCGCUCGCUGUGAGGCACCGGGCUAGGCCCGGGGUGUCUUCGCCGUUGAGCGGUGCCCGCCGGGGUUCUAAGAGCGCAGGUCCCGGUGGAGGCUGGUGAAGCCGCUACAAAACGCUUAUCUCGACCCACGCGCGGGAGGACGCGUUGGAAAAGGCACGAACCGGGGCCCGGAUCCGCGGGACAACGGGCGCGCCACCGCUUCCCGCCCGCCCCGCUUUUUCCAUUUACGGCUCUGUCGUAAAGGCGCGGACCGGAACGCUGGUGGCGUCGCUUUACGGCCGUAAGCCGUGAGCUCUCUGAUUGGCUCCGCUGUGACCGCGCCGCGCUCUCAUUGGCUCCGCCGGGGCCGCGCCGCGCUCUGAUUGGCCCCGCGCGGGGCCGGGGGCGGUUUGAGCGGCAGCGACCGGCGCGGCGGCGGCGGCUCCGGCACGAUGCUGCCCCUGUCCCUGUUGAAGACGGCGCAGAACCAUCCCAUGCUGGUGGAGCUGAAGAACGGCGAAACGUACAACGGGCACCUGGUGAGCUGCGACAACUGGAUGAACAUCAACCUGCGGGAGGUGAUCUGCACGUCCCGGGAUGGAGACAAGUUCUGGAGGAUGCCAGAGUGCUACAUUCGUGGCAGCACCAUUAAAUACCUGCGGAUCCCCGAUGAAAUCAUUGACAUGGUGAAAGAAGAGGUGGUGUCCAAGGGCAGAGGCCGUGGUGGGAUGCAACAGCAGAAGCAACAGAAGGGCCGUGGCGUUGGAGGUGCUGGACGAGGUGUGUUUGGUGGCCGUGGCCGAGGCAUCCCGGGCAGCGGAAGAGGCCAGCAGGAGAAAAAACCAGGCAGACAAGCAGCAAAGCAGUGAGCUGGCCAUGGCCCGGCCGGGCCCGAUGGGGUUUGUCACCUCAGGAUUGCCAUGUGUUCACAACUGUCCCCUUUCUCCUCUUCCGCCCAUCGAGCCGGGCCCAAAUCAUGUCCUUUGGAAGCCCCUCUUGCAAUUUAAUGUGCUAAAAAGCAGAAUUAUUUGCUCCUUGUAGCCAGCAAAUCAUUGGAUUGACUUCAGCUGCCCCACUCACGGUUCAGGACCUUUGGUUCUGCUGCUCCUGAGGGGGAAAAUACUUUAGUUUUCCAAGCUCCCCAGGUUUAACGGGAAGGAUGAUCCCAUACUGUGGUACCAGAGCAGAGGCAAACAAACGCCUUCUGCAUGGUUUGGAUUCUUUCUUUUUAUACUUGAAACUUGUUGCUUUUGUACCAGAUGUCGGUGCUUUGGUUUAAAACCCCUCAACUCGAGGAUGUUGUAUCUUUCCGUGAGUGCUCUUAAGGGGUCGGGAUGGUUUAGAAAGAACCAACCUUGAAGCUGUUGCUUCUGGUCCUGGCCAGUCCCUUCUGUCUUUCUCCUCUGGCUUAAAGGAGGGCUCGGGACAAAGCUUUCUUUGGCCUUCAAGGGUGGUUUCCAAGAGAACUGAGUGAUAAAGGAGCAUCUCCCAAUGAGUGUGUUGCUGAGUUGACUUCAGAGAGCAGUUCCCUUGGAAGGAAAAGGCUUUUCUGGGAGCUUCGUGUGCCCCAAAUUCUCCUAUUUCCCUCUGAAAAGCAUCUGUGAUGUUGGUUUAUUCCCCCCCCUUUGCAAACUCAGUGACACAAAGUCCCGAGCGCUGAGAUUUCUCCAGCUUAUUCCCAAUACCUGGUGCUUCCAUUGCCUCCACCUCCUUUUCCAGUCCCUGGGACACAGACCAGGCUGUGAGCUUGUCCCAGCCGCACAUUCCGAAAGCUCCUGGGAAUUCCCAGCUCAGGUUGUUCCCGUCUUCCAUCCCCCAGGCCGCAGGGUCCCAUGAGGAAAAGGCACCCACAAAACAUCCUGGCUGAUGUGAAUGGAAUGUGGGGAAGGGUCCCAGGAGGGGGAAGAAGGAGGCUCUGGCCAUGCUUCUACCCUCCAAAUGGGUGAAAAAGCUUCAUUUUAGGGGAAAAGCUGAUCUCGUGGCUUGUUCUGAAGAGGUUUUGGGGUGUUUUUUUGUUGUUUUGGGGGGGUCCACACCUGAUCCCCCCCAUUGGAGCCUGUUCUCUGCCACUGCACUGAGGAGGAGUGAAGAACACGCUUUUAUAUACACUUAUUUUUAUACUGUUUCUAGAACUCGGUGGUGAGCAGGAAUAAACCAACCUCUGAAAGCGA